UUACAACUGUUGAGCUUUCAAGUGUAAUCGGAGCUGAGAGCGGCAGCUGCCCAUGAACCUCCGGCGUCUCCCCCRGCUCGCGAAUCCGAGGGAUCCGGCUCCGUGCGGAGCGGAGCCGCCGGCAUCCCCGCGAGCGCCUCGGACCAUGAGCGCUCGCCUGAACUGAGCUGAGGGGGUUUCGCCAGCAGCUCGGCGGCGGCUGCAUUCGGCAAGGCUCCCUUUUGCGCCCUCCUCCUGCCUCCCUCGGCRGCGAGGCGUGCCCUUUCUCUUCUGCAUUUCUGGGAAGCCAUGGACAAGAAGCAAGAUUCCAAGGGAUCCUUGGAGCCACACAAACCAGCAAAGAGCAAGAAGAAACGGGAGCUGAGGAUACCAUGUUUCACCAUCAAGCAGCCCGUUGCCAACACAACACCCCCAAGGAAUUUGGACUCCAGAACAUUCAUUACCAUUGGAGAUAAAAACUUCGAGGUGGAGGCUGAUGACCUGGUGACUAUUUCGGAGCUGGGCCGUGGGGCCUACGGUGUGGUGGAGAAAGUCCGGCAUGCCCAGAGUGGCACCAUCAUGGCCGUGAAGAGGAUUCGAGCGACAGUGAACACUCAGGAGCAGAAGAGGUUGUUGAUGGACUUGGACAUCUCCAUGAGGACAGUCGACUGCUUCUACACUGUCACCUUUUAYGGAGCCCUCUUCCGAGAGGGCGAUGUGUGGAUCUGCAUGGAGCUCAUGGACACCUCCUUAGAUAAAUUCUACAAGAAGGUGCUCGAGAAGAAGAAAACCAUCCCUGAAGACAUCUUGGGGAAGAUGGCCGUGUCUAUUGUACGAGCGCUGGAGCAUCUGCACAGUAAAUUGUCUGUGAUCCACAGAGAUGUGAAACCUUCCAAUGUGCUAAUCAACAAGGAGGGGCAUGUGAAAAUGUGUGACUUUGGAAUCAGCGGCUAUUUGGUGGACUCUGUGGCGAAGACCAUGGAUGCUGGCUGCAAACCAUACAUGGCUCCGGAGAGGAUAAACCCAGAGCUGAACCAGAAGGGCUACAACGUGAAGUCGGAUGUCUGGAGUCUUGGGAUCACAAUGAUCGAGCUGGCCAUUCUUCGCUUCCCGUACGAGUCCUGGGGGACCCCCUUCCAGCAGCUCAAGCAGGUGGUGGAGGAGCCUUCCCCCCAGCUGCCUGCYGAUCGCUUCUCCAAGGAGUUCGUGGACUUCACGGCACAGUGCUUAAGGAAGAACCCUGCUGAGAGAAUGAACUAUUUAGAACUUAUGGAACAUCCCUUCUUUACCUUGCACGACACCAAAGAGACUGACAUGGCCUCCUUCGUGACAGAGAUCCUCGGGGAAGACUCCUAACUCUCCGACCUCGCGGCUGCGCACGGUCCCCUUCACCCAGCACCCCGACUUCUCUGCAGAAGAGCAAAUGAGGACUCGAGCUAACAGUGGUUUGCACAGAUCGCAUUUCCCCAGCCCGUUGGCAUCUCCGGGCCUUGCCGUUUCUUUUUAAUUUGCCCCAAACAACCCCCCACCCCAGGAGGAGCCUUUUGAAGCUGACACGCACUCAACUAAGCUGCCGAGACCCGCGGGCUCAGGAGCUCCCCGGAUGACACCCGGCAAACGCCGUGCGCGGCGCGAGGAGAGGCCCGUGGUACCCGAACUGAGGCCAGGAGGCUGGACUGGGGCAAAGGAUGUGAAAGGGCCUCUUCCUUCCCCAAGAACCUGCGCACAGCGUGGGGGAUUCCUGCGUGUAUUCCCCUUUGCUGCCUGGGGAUGGCUGAGGGAGCAGUUUUUCCUCCUGCUCCCUUCCCCUUCUCCCUUGCCUGCAGGGAGCCCAAGGGCCACGUCCUAGAAAGCCCGGUCUCCUUUUGCUUUCCUCUGUGCCCAGCUCUGUGCCACCAGGAUCCUGGCGAAGCUCUUAGGAGGCCCUGGGGCUGCCUGGCCACAGCUGUGUCCUCUUGGCACCUGCCACAAGGUCUCACGACCCUUCCAGGCAGCACCAGACCUGGUGCCCACCUCCCAUUGCGCUCACCGAGCCAAUGCACCAGUUGCAUAGGGAGAAGGAAAAAAAAAAAGGCAUUUUUAAAUGAAUCCAGCUUGCUUAAGCUUCACCCCACACUCCCCACAGCUCCUCAUCCAGGGCACAGAGUCCCGGGCGCUGCCACCUKGCCCUGCCUGGAUGCGUCUGCACUGCAGCCCCACGGCCGCUCCGGAGCGUGGGCAUCACUCCCUGCCUUCGCCUUUCCCGCUCCAACCGGGAGGAUGCUCCAUCUCCCUUCCCACCGGGGGCUCCCGCAAGACCUCGCACUGUGCCACGCGCUCCUUCGGAGGCCACCCGGGUCCCACCGAGCUCCUCGGCACCACAAACCAGCACCUUGCACGGGGGCUGCUGACAGUUGUACAUUUUGUGUCUAUAUAUAAACAGACUUUGCAACGUGUUUUGAUCUAACUUGCUAUAAAUUAAAGCCCUUCUGCAUGGGGGGAAGGAGGAGCGAUUCCUUCUCCGCCAACAAAUCCACUGUGAAAACCUGAUGUGUUUCCCCGCUCUCCCAGCCUGAGCGCUCCCCACRGAGCUGCGGGAGCAGAAGGGAUCGCUGUCUUCUACUGUAUAUGAUCACAGGAUAAACGCACCGGCUGUGGAUUUUGUGGGAUU